UGUCUUUUAUGUUGUUUGUUAAACAGCAUAUUUAAAUCAGAAUUUCAUGGGCAACUUCUGCUUUGAAUCUGUGCUCAUGUUCACAAAUUUUUUUCAGGUAAAUGGUUACACUAACACAAAUACCUCUUUAAUUUCACAUAUUUGCAUUCUUUGCUAAAUUAAUUCAGUUACGGGUAGUCAGCGUUUUUCUUUUUAAUGGAUUCAAGUUAACUUUUCCACAUUUAACGUACUGUUUGUGCAGUGGUAACUGGGCUGUGUGCCUCUAAGGCUGUGGCUCCGUGUGAUAGUGUGUCUCUGUCAGUAGGUGGCGCCUCGGAGCGAGGAUCAGCUACAUCAAGCUCCUCCAAGCGGAGAAAUCCAUCACUGUAGGACUGGAUUCAGUAUCUGUUGGUGCCUCUUCUUCUUCUUGUCUAUUCCCUCACAUAAAUGCGGCGAUGGUGCAUGGACUCAGUCGACGCGUUUUAGUUUUUAAUUGCACGCAACACUAAUAUUUCUUUUUUCUGUGCAGAGAGUUUGAACGGGGAACCACUUUGAAAAAAAUAUGGACAAAGAGAGAAAAUCCUCUCAGCAGUACGGCGCUUUGGAGAAAACGCAAGUGGACGAAGCAACGGAGAAAUCAACUGAAGAUGUUGUAUCGAUGGCUGACUCCACAAUUACAGUCGAGGACAUUGAAGGAGAGCUGUUCAAAAUCGAGCGGAUACGAGACAUCCUCGUACGGAGAGAGUCAGAGCUCAGAUACAUGAUGGAUGACAUCCAGCUCUGCAAAGAAAUCACAAGGCUGAAGAAAGAGCUGCAAAAACUUGUCUCAAUUCCAGACAAAGACAAGUCCAAGGAGGACAGGGAGAGGGAAGAAGAUCUACUGCUGCAGCUCAACAAGCUGGUGGAGACCAGAGACUUCCUUGUGGAUGAUGUGGAGUUUGAAAGGCUGAGGGAGAGAGAGGAAGACAGAGAGAUGGGCUUCCUACAGACCAAAUUUCCAAAGGCAUUGGCUACAAAAGGUGCUUUGCAAGAUCAAAGAGUGGCAUCGAAAUCACAGCAGACAUCAACGCCAUUUAUCACUAAAACUGGACUUACAUUACUGAAAGACUGCUGUGGCUUUACAUGCUCUAUCAUGUAACACAGUGUCUAGGGGAAAACAGAGGACUCUAUCUGCCAAAAUGGAGAACUGGUGUAUUGUAUGUCUGGCCUACUAAGAAAGAUUAUCUGCAUUAAUCCUCAUAUGCUCAUAUGCAUAUGAUGUAAGGGAUGUGUAUUAUACUGUUUUAUGUGCUUUGCUACUGUGAAAUACUGUGCUUAUAUGUCUUGCUGUGCAGAAGCUGACCAGCUUAUGGAUAUACUAACAGUUUCUCUCCAGUUAAGUUAAUUAGAUAUUAUUAGUGCUGCUCUGACUAGUGCCAAUUAUCCAUUUAUGAUGUAUUAGACAGUGUAAGUGUAGACAUCCCUCAGGAAACAAACUACACUUGCUAAUCUCCCUAUGCCAUUUGCUGUUUUAACUGAGUAUUAUAAUGACAUUGUUAGGGCUGUAACUAGUGAGUAUUUUAAUUACUCAUUAAUCUGUUCUUUUAUUUUUUUAAUUUAUGUCAAUUUUUGAUUAAUUUAUUCAUUGUAUGGUGUCUAAAAUGUUCCCAAAGUUCCUAAGUGCAAAGAGCCAUCCUCCAAAAAUGAAAAUUAUUCAGUUUACAAUAUAAACCAAAUAAUAGCAGCAAAUUGUAACAUCUGUGAAUCUGGAGAAUGUAUUUUUUGUUGAUGAAUGACUUUAACAGCCAGUCAAUAAUUACAAUUAUUGUGGUGUAAUUGAAAUCAAUUAAUUGGCUAAUUUACCACUUGACAUCAUUAUUUCAGCUUUUACAUAUGGGACAUGUAGAGUUACAGUCAGCCCUGAUAUAUGGUUCACUUAACACAAGCCUUAAAAGAGGAGAGAUGGAGCAUAUUGAAGAAACUUAAAAUGAUAAUUUUAUGACUAAAGUUAAAAGGCAUUGGUCAUUGUAAACAGAGUUGAAUCAAUGUGAUCCAGAGUUAUGCAGAGGGCUUUUCUUCUGCAAAUAUCAGUUACUCAGAAGUCCACAACAUAAACCAAAGUCUUUGUCUGAGCCAGAUAUAGUCAUUAACCCGUAGAGUCUGUUUAUGUAAAAAGUAUUUUCACAUUUAUGUUUGUUUGUUUGUUUGUUUUUAAAACCCACUCCAUUGUGUUAUGUAGUAUUUUGUGUGACUAUGACUGUAAACUUGUCAUCUUUGAAAUGCUGUUAUAAUAAAGACUUUUAAUGUUU